AAGGACGUCGCGUUGCCAAGGGAACAGGGGGACGCCAGGUAGCCACCCCCGCCGCCGCCUCCGCCCCUUAGAAAGUACGGCCGCCACCGCAGAAAGCUGCCUCCAGGGAGGAGGAGGAGGAAGAGGCGCCGGGUAGAGGGAGGGGAGACGAGACGGGGAGGAAGAGGAGCACCGAGAAGCUCCCCGCGCGAUUGAUGGGCGGCUCCUCCGCCCUGGACAGGCCCGCCUGCCCCGCCCCUCGGCCCCUUCAGACCUCGCUGGUGGGGAAGGACUGACCGGCCAGCACAAGUUUGGCCCAGUCUACGGUCACUGGAGACUUAAAACAGAAGCGUGCAUGACCAUGAGUGGAUUUUAAACUGAGAAGCAGUUCAAAGGUUGGGGAUUGAGAAUCAUGUUUCACGAAGCAAGGGACAGGCAGAGGUUCGUGAGUGACAUUCAGUAUCUGCGAGACCUGCAGCACAAGGUGGACUCUGAGUAUCAGGCUUGUCUGAGGCGACAAGAACACAGAAGAGACCUGAAUGGGAAGAAACGAGAUCAAUUUGGGGGGCAAGAGACAAAUUUGGAGAGAUCCAGGUUUUCAAGUGGGUCGUCUUCCAAACAGAGUUCUGGCGAGGAGGAUUCCGUAGCUGAACCAAGACUAUCCACCAAGAGUUCUGUGGCUAAGGGUGAUUCCAGACUUCCAGCAAUCGACCAAACACCAGUCAAACAGAAACAUAAAAGCACCAUGACUCCAAGGAAACUGGAGAAGGCAGGCGCCAGCAAACCCUCUUCAGCAGCCCAGGCACCACAGAUUUUGUCAAGAAAGAGGAGGCCAAACCUGAGGAGACUGACAGUCAGCCCCGAAACACAGAGCCCAGGAGUGCCCAGGGACAGGAGCAGACAGAAGUCACAGCUGCCGGCGAGGGCGCUGGCCCUCAGGGGACCAGAUCCAAUAGUUCAGCAAGAGGGCCCAAUGUGGGCAAGUGGCACGAAGCUCAAGAGGCCAACUCAAGAGAGAAGACGCUUAGACCCGUCCUCACGGCUAACGACUAUGAAUGGGAAUGCCCCUGAGAGAGCCACAAGAGGAGACUCGAGAAUUCUUUCCCAGGAUGAGCCACAUGCAGGCCUGUCUCAGGCCUUCCAAGGAACAAGCAGCCCUCAAGUGUUGAGUGAGUCCUUGGGGCCACCACUUCUAGCCGCCACCACAGGAGUGCCAAGAAGGUCACCCUUUAGGUUCAGAGACAAAGACUUUUAUUCCAUCUUAUCAUUAAACCCUGGAGGAGAAAAUGAGGACACCGAAGAGGAGAUCCUCCUAGAAGAAGAACUUUUGUUGGUUGGUAUGCGCCCACCUCGUUCUCCUCCCAGUCAUAAGAGAAGUCGAUUUCAUAGGACAUCAACCACUCAGGCCAAAAGUAAAACUUUUGAAGAAAGUUCUGAAAAUUGCAGCGUUCAUGUAGUAAGAAGAACUGAGUCCAGUCGUGGCUCAUUAAGAAUGAGCAAUUCAACGGAACCAGCGACAGACCAGCUUCCUGGGGAGGCAACGGUGUUUCAAGACCCCAAGCCGCCCAAUGGAGGGCCUCCUAAAGAGAAUGACAGUGAUGACAGUGAACAUGAGAAAAGCACCUCUCCUUCAGGGGACACCAAAUCCACAGCUAGUCUAGAUGAAGCCCUCAAUGCUGAAAAUGGAUUUAGAGAUUGUACUUCCAUGGAAGAUAGGCUUGGUACCCACGAUGAUGAAAGAGAUUGGCAUGCCUACUUAAACAGUUCUAGUAAUUCUCCUGACGAUCUUCUUUCCGGUAGAUCAACAGCUCCAAGAUCACCAGUGAAUUCACCUUAUACCACUGCUGGAUCAUUAAUGCAUCCUGCCAUGAGAGAUGAUAUUCCAGAAGACUCGCCAAUGUCAUCUCCAUUCGUUCACAGUCCAGACCCAGAGGGAAACUCAAGGUUUAAUGUUCGCCAACAAUUGUUCCCCAUUAGAAAUAGGGAUCCACUUGCCUGUGCUGAAAACCACGGUUAUUUUCCAGCAAACAGAGCACCUGAAUUUGAUGACAGAGGAGCAGAAGAUAUUACUUUAACAAACCCAUCCCAGGAAACCCCAGCAUGUACAGAAGAGCUCUUACUAAAUCCUGAAAGCAACGUGUCCUUGCUAGAGCCUUCCAGCUCCUCUCUAUCAGGAAUGAACUUGCAAGGCCGUUUACAUGUGCCUGGGUCCCUGCAAGGACCUUUUACUUUCUUUACAGUCUCUGGUUUCCCAAGUCAAAAUGAUAACGGGAAUGGAAUGGCAGCCUUUGCUUUCACAGAUGAAAAGGAGGCCAAUAAGAUAAAGGCAAACCCUGAAAAACUCAAGAAAUUGCAAGAAAGUCUCCUGGAGGAGGACUCAGAGGAGGAGGGAGACUUGUGUCGCAUCUGUCAGAUAGCCGGGGGUUCCCCAACCAACCCCCUGCUGGAGCCUUGCGGCUGUGUGGGAAGCCUGCGGUUUGUUCAUCAGGAGUGCCUGAAAACAUGGCUGAAAGUGAAAAUAACAUCAGGAGCAGAUCUAGGCGCCGUGAAGACUUGUGAAAUGUGUAGGCAAGGCCUGCUGGUCGAUCUGGAUGAUUUUAACGUGACCGACCUCUACCACAAGCACCAGCGAUCCAGGGCACAAAAUGAGCUGAUGAAUUCAGGCUGGUACCUGGUGCUGCUGCUUCACUUCUACGAGCAGAGGUUCGCGGAACUCACGAGAAACAACCACAACCGAGUCGUAAGAGAGAGGAUUCUGAGCUGGGGGACGGAAACGAAAGCACCAGCCACGUUGUCUAGCAAGGGAGCUGGCCCGGGAGCCCCUCAAAGACAUCACCCCUCAGCCGCCUCUUCGAUGUCCCCAUGUGCCUCCCUUCCUCCUCCUCCUCUUUACUGAAGCAGAAGCCCAAGCAUUUGCGUUACCGUUUUCCCUUGUGCCCCUCUCUUCUCAGGGUCUGGCCUGAGCAAUACAGACGGCAGCAGUGACCAGCGCAGUCCCCGACAGCACAAGCCAAGCAGCCCAGUGUUCGUUGGGUCCCCACAGGC